AGGUAAAUUUCCUGUACGCCCCUGAACUGUUCCCAACGGUGAUGCGGUCCCGUGGGUUCGGGCUGGUGGCGGCUGCUGGCAACACUGGAAGCCUGAUGGCCCCCAUCAUCACCGACAUUCUGGCGCAGCAGGCGUGGUGGGCCCCGAAUGUAGCCUUCGGGGGAGCUGGGGUGUUGGUCAGCCUGCUCGUGCCACUCCUCCCGGAGACAAUUAACAAACCACUUCCUGAAACUGUCAUCGACGUGGAAAGCAGGCGAAAAGACAGCAUCAUAAAAAAGAUGAACAAAACUAGUAGGAAAACGCAGAGAGAACUGGACAGCAACACUGAAAACGACGUAGCCUCUGCGCUCGUGUGAGUGUUGAACAUGAAGCCUACCAUGCAUUCUGGAUUAAUGUGAAUAUAAAUCAAUUGUGACUACAUAAUGCUUAUUUGUAUAUAGCUCAGCAUAAAUUUCCUGUUUUUAGUACAUGGGUAUAUAAAAGUCCAUCAGUACUUAAUGUUUCAUAAAGUAUUGACCUUGGUGGGGCUGAUGGUCGAUCAUUCAUUCACUUAACAAAGGCCCUUACAUCAGGCCCCACAAUUGAGCUGGAGAAAUAUGUUAUGUCUAACUUCUUACAAAGGUGAUGUUUAAUUCAGCCCAAUAUCUGUUCACCUAAGUGCCUGUUCAUACAAUGAAAAUGAACACUGUAGUUAUCUAUUUGGCAAAUCUGACCUUAAAGUCUGCCUCUUCUUUCAAUGUGAGAAACAAAUUUGUUAUGCAUUUUCCAUAAUUAGUCAUGAAAGGCAUCUAUUUCCUAAAUAUUUAUAUCCAGCCAAUAACAUUUAAAGUCAACACAUGCAUUUGUAGUAAAAAUAUAAAUAGGAGAAUAUUUGCGUUACGACUGAGUGAUGUAUAGUAUUUAGUAUUACUUAUGUUCUAUUCAUAAUAUUAUAUAAUUUCUCUUUUGCUUCUGUUUACCAUCCAUUUAAUAAAUAAUCCAAGGAA